AGGUUUUCUUAUAAAUAUUUAAUUUACAAUAACAAGAGUAUAUGUUGAUAGCAAAUUAUUGAAAAACCUCUGUGUGCAGCUAGAUUUCCAAAAUUCAUAUCCUGCUUUUUACAAUAAAAUCAUAACUAUUAAUGAGCAUUAACAGCAAUAGUAUAUAUUCUAAUGGGAAUUGUACAAGAAGUCGUAUAAUUAUAAUUUCCAGAAUAAAUACUUCAGUAGAAAAUGAUUAUCUACAAGAAAAACAAGUUUUAUGAAACCAACUACCAUUAGAAGUAUCCAAUUCACAAGUAGAAACCCA